AGGACAAGUGUCACCUUUUUGGAGCAAAAGAUGUGUUGGAACACGCUGCUGCUUCUGCUGUUGUGUUAUGAUGCUCAGGCGGCGGUGUCCCACAGGUGGAGCAGGGCCAUGCUCUUUCCUGCUGCGCAUCGGCCAAAGAGAUCCUCAUCCAUGCCCCUGAAUCCCGUCCUGCAGACCUCCCUGGAGGAAGUAGAACUGCUCUAUGAGUUCCUGCUCGCUGAACUUGACAUCAGCCCUGACCUGAAGAUCUCCAUCAAGGACGAGGAGCUCUCCUCGUUGAGGAAAGCCUCUGACUUCCGCACCAUCUGCAAUGACGUGAUCCCCAAGCGCAUCCCGGACAUCCGCCGGCUGAGCGCCAGCCUCUCCAGCCACCCUGGCAUCCUCAAGAAAGAGGACUUUGAAAGGACAGCGCUGACCCUGGCCUACACGGCCUACCGCACCGCCCUGUCCCAAGGGCAUCAGAAGGACAUCUGGGCCCAAUCCCUCCUUAGCCUCUUCCAGGCCCUGAGGCAUGACUUGAUGCGGUCCUCAGGCCCCAGAGUGUCUCCCUGAGAGCCCGGCCCACGGCCACGGAGCAGGGACCAGCACACGCGGUAAUCCAAACACUCUUCAUUCUCUACUCCAUUUACAGAGCCCUGCAACAAAGCACAUGCCACCAACUCAGAGUAGCAGAGAUAAAAUAAGUAACCCCCUGUCCUCUGCCCCUCGUAGUUCCCUGACAAGCACAUCUAAUUCGUGUCACAGUGUGACCGGGGCUGCAAGAAAGGGCUAGCGUGGUCAUUCAAGAUGCCUCCAAAGGCCACCUGAUUUGCCUGGUGACGCGCUUCAUCACCGAGUGACCGCCAUAAACACCCGAGGGCGAAGACAGAGCUAGAGGAGACGGCACAGAGGUUUGGGCAUUGCGGGAAGAUGGGGGGACAGAGAUCAGGGCGUGAGGCCGAAUGAACAUCAUUCCAAAGGUUCCACAUAGUUAAGAUACUUAAAACGAAAAGCUGGAGCUAUAGCAAAUAAACACUUUGUUAGCCAAAGAUCCACGUGUCAACUUUUCCAAAAGUCACCAAGAAGCAUCAGCCAGAAAAUCAGUAAUGUUAUGGCCUCUCUGUCUUGUCUCUUCUUCUCCGAAAGUGGAUCUAAUACAGAGGAGAAACACGACAGGGGCCCACAGAGAGGCUGCAAACUGUCUGACCUCGUCUUCUGAACAGAGAAAGCACGCUGAUGCAGAGAGGAUCAUCCUAGGAAGAGCUCCAAAACUGAGAGCUCCAAAUACAAAUGAUUUUUUAGACAACAGAACUCACCCUUUCAAAUGCCACAACCUUCAUUUUAGCAAUGCUGACUUGCUGUCUUUGUUAACUGUAUGUACGUAACAUCUCGAGCUUCUAUUUAGGAUCUUGGAAAUGUUCUGAUGAAGGAAUUGGAUAAAAUAACCUCUAAGAUUGCUCGACUUCCGAAAGUUCCACGAUCACUGAACCAGCCGUGAGAUAAUCACAGGGAGGCCACCGGGACCUAAGGGGUCUGCUGGACUGUUUGCGCCAAGCCCAGAAGGCCCUGGGGCUUUGCUGAUUCUGUAGGGUGUGUGUCCUGCCUUCUGCACUGCGAGGCUGUAAGAGGCCGCUCCUCUUUCUUUCCAACACAACUUGCCCGUUGCAAUUUGUUCUAUUUUGGCUGCUACCGCCUAAGGGACAAAGCAGGGAGGCUUGUCAUAAUUCCGUGUUAAAUCGGAGCUAGUAGGCGAAGGUCUCUGCUAGAGGGAGGCACUAGGCCCUAAUACGGAUUCCUCACUGGCUCUCCUGGCUUGACAGCUGGGUUUUGGAGGCUAACGUCGUAAGAGGUCUCAUCUUUGAAUGAGUGAGAUCUUAUCCGGCUAAAUUUGAUUCUGAAAUGGGUAUUUAACAAUUGUCAUUGGAUGAUGGCCUAAAGUUGAUCUGGACUUCUUAAAAACUUUGAAUAAGUCAUUGCUUCGCAGCUGCAUGAUCCUUUUGGAGAAAUAGUAGGAUGUAGGACGAAGGUAUUCAUCAUCAGAGAAAAAUACAACAUGGAAAAAUCCUGAUGUUCUCGGGCUCCAAAGAUUAAUGACUGCUGGUUUCUCUGGUCCUCAUUCCCUGAUUACACCACCCUUUUGCGGCCCUCAAAUGCAGUCUCUGAUAUAUGCUUUUGGUUCCAUUUUUCCCUUUCUAAUAUUCCAUGUUCUCUUCGACCUGGUUUGUGUCUCUUCUGCUUUAUCUUUGGGCCCAAUUCUGAUUAUCUUUGUAUCCACUUCUCCCAGUCUCUUUUGGUGCACGUAUGCUCACUCUAGCUCUGUCUGCUUGCACUCUGACGCUCACUGUUCUCCAGCCCCCUGUGGGUAUCACUGUCUGACCAAAACAAAGGUCAACAUACAGGGCCAGGAGUUCCCAAAAGGCCGAUUAGCCUCAUGGCUGCCUUCGCUGUUUGUACUUUCUCUGGAUGUGGGGUAGAGGAGGUUAGCAGAGGGCUCAAUCCUUUGACAUUGUGCAAUACCCUGACAUCAGUCUUGCAUGCCACCCUGGGCCACCCCGGGCCUCCACCCCCAUCAGGAUGGAUCUGAGGGCCUUUGUUCAGUCACUGGUUAGACAGACCACCCUUGUAGUCCCUCCCUGUCAUGUUCUGAUAUUCGCGGUCACUCCCAGUGGUGGGAGAUUCGUGAAUGGGAGGAUGGUUCCCAGGACCAGGGAUAACCUGGAAGUUCAUUCACCCUGCAGCAAAAAUUAAAGGCACUUUUGUACUCAUGAAUUGGGGCACAUGUUUAUGUGGCAAUCAAGGACAGAGGG